GUUGCCGGUCCCGAUCCCGAUCCCGGCCCAUGUCCCGGCCCGCGGCGCCGCCCGGCUCCCCGGGCCGGCUCGGGGCGCUGAGCACGGCGCAGCUCCGCGCUCUGCUGCAGGACGAGCCGCGGCUGCAGCGCGCCGCCCGCCUCAGCAGGAAGUUCCAGAGUCUACAGCUGGAGCGGGAAACGUGUUUGGCUUCAAAUUGCACCCAGGCCAAGGUGAAUUUGUCCCUGCGCCCACGGCUGGAGGAUGGGAAGGCUUCCCUGGCCAUCAAGUACCAGGAGCUGCAGGAGAUCCGAGAGGCUUGUUGGGACAAGCAGCAGCGCCUGGAGGCUUACCUGGAGAAGUGGAGCCCACAGAGUGCCCUGGGCCAGCUCCAAGCCAAGCUUGAUGCCUCUGAAGCAGAGUCAGAGGCACAGAUAAAGCAGUUCCUGACCCAGGACCUGCCCCUCGAGUCCUUCCUGGAGUCCUUCUGCCAGAGCCGCACACGCUCCCACAUCUGCCGGACACAGCUGGAGAAACUGCAGGAGCUGCUGCAGAAGGACCGGGCGCAGAAGGACCAGAGUGGAGUAGCCCCCAAAGCCUUUGAUCUCUCCUACGGCUUUGUGCCUGCCUUCCUCAUCCCCUCGGAGGCUGUCGUGCCCUUUCCCGUGCCGGCUGCACCUCCCAAGCACCAUCUCCCAGCCCUGGGACAGCAGCCAGCAUCUCCCUGCUCCGAAAUUCCCAGCCCGGGCUCUCCCCUGCGCCUCGUUGGACACAUCCCCCUGCUCAGUCCCCAGCCCGGCCGUGGGCAGCAGCAGCCACAGCACCAGCAGCAGGAGCCUCCACACCGGUAGCAGGGCAGGGAUGGGGAUGUCCCUGCUCCUGUGCCUCCACGGGGGCUGUGCAGCAACACCGUGGGCAGGGAACGUGAGGGGUGGGGGGUGGUGUAGGCACAGCUCCAAAGGGCUGCAGGGUCUGUGGGGUGGGUGCUCGCAGAGGGAGGGAGGUGCUUGGUUGGGGCAGGUGCCAUGGCCGGGUAGGGGGUCCUGCUUUUGGG